AUGGCUGAGAAAAACGACGUAGCAGAGCAACCAAUUGAGAAGCCAGUGAAGGCAACAAAGGUGAAGGGAACCGUCAAAUGGUUCAACGUGAAGAAUGGAUAUGGAUUCAUCAACCGUACCGACACAAACGAAGACAUCUUCGUUCACCAGACCGCCAUCAUCAACAACAAUCCGAACAAGUACUUGAGAAGUCUUGGAGACAAUGAGGAAGUUCUCUUCGACAUUGUCGAAGGAUCCAAGGGACUCGAAGCAUCUAACGUUACUGGACCAGAUGGAGGACCAGUUCAAGGAUCCAAGUAUGCUGCCGAUCGCGAUUCUGAGAAUCCAGGACGUGGGCGUGGUGGACGCGGACGUGGAAGACGUGGACGCGGUGGAGUCAGACACGACUCUGGAUCCAGAGAUGCCGAAGAGGGAGCUCCACGUGGAGGUGGUCGUGGUGGAAGCCGUCGUGGAGGUGGACGUGGCGGAGCCAGACACAACAGCGGAGGCGAAGAAACUUCUCGCGACACUGAGGGAGGCGAGCGCGGAGGACGUGGUGGUCGUCGCGGAGGACGUGGACGCGGAGGACGCGGACGUGGAGGCCGUGGAGGACAACAAACCGAGGCUUAG